GCUUUCUGAACAUUUUUUCUCCAGAGUCAGUAAAUGUCAUGCAGCCGUUCAGCCGUCAUUUUUUGCAGCGGAGGCCACCUUCCUCCACAGACUCACCGUGAGGCUCAACACCUCCAUCCAUUCAACCAUCCGUCCAUCCAGACCACAACCUGGAUGGUCUAUCUCCUCGUGCACAUUUUGCAGAAACAUUUGCGCUUCCCAUCCGGAAUGUAACCGGAUUAUUGUGGAUUCAGUCGGUGUUUUAUAUGUGUUUUCCCCCAUGGAGGACUAGUCAGGUCGGGGAUCCACCGCCCUGCAGUCUGCCGGGGAGAGACGGAGCUCCACACUAACGGGAAUACACUCAGGUGGAGGAAGAAAACGCUGAAAAUGCUCGAUGUUUCGGGCUUAGGACGCUCCUUUUGCCGACAUCUGAACGCGGACGAGGAGCGUCAGUUUGUCGGGGAUGAUGGUAAGUGGCCGACAGACGCGCACGGUGCGCCUCUUUUGUCUCAGACAUAUGCACGCACACACCUGCUAUCAAACAGGAUGAAACCGGGAAAUGUAGUAUUAAAUCAACAGUAGGGGGCCGGUGUUCCUGAAGGCAACACUGAUGUGUUUGAUGGAGAGUAUUGUCGCUGUAAUUGAGGUCAGCUGGCUGCGUGUGAUGGAGGUCGGUAAUGUCUGACCCGGAUGGCCGCAUCAGGGUCGAUCAUCACUCAGAGUCAAUUGGUUCUCAUUACAGCAGAUGGAUGUGGAUGAAUAGAUGGUGUCUUUACUGGACAGAGAAAGUUGUGUCCAGUUUUUCUGGAACAUGAGCUCACCAAAAGGGUCCCUGAAGGAGUCCCAAACAAACCGAGGACCAAUUUGUAACUCAGUGUAGGUUUAAUAUCCCCAUAAUACAGGAUAACUGGGCUGAUUAAACCCUGCAAAAUCUGGAAUUAACAUUCUCCAUAUAAGCCGCUCAAGUGUGAGGAUUUCACUCUGUCUACUGUACCAGUGCAUAAUUCAGAUCAUUUUGGCACAGACCAUUUGCUUUAUUAUAUAUUCCUGAUAUGAUUCACAAAUGAAUCAACACAAUAACUGAUAUAUUAUCUGAGGUUACACCCAGAGGCUGAAACCUGUGACUCCAGCUGACUGGCUCUGGAUGAACUCAGAGUGUGAGACCUGUAAUGUGUUUCUAUUUCUGGUUAAUGGAUCCGUGUGACAAGCUGUGGAGGUUGGAGACACCCAGGGGUCCUCUCUGAGUGAUGAGCCUGAUUUCACCUUUCAUUAGUUUGAAAUGAAGUGAAAGUGGAAAUGAUUCAGGAAUGAGUCUUAAAUGUUGUCUCUCUGUAAACGUCUCUGUAAAUGGUUCAAAAUCCCCAAACACUGAACACUAAAACUCCCAUCAGAGUUCUGUUUACUCAGAUUCUAUCUGAAACUGCAGUUUGACAUAACUAAAUCUGUCAGACUCGAAGAAAUCAAGCCUCUCCAGGAGCUUUGCAAUCCGGGUUCAAGCUUGACAGAAGGAGUUUGACUCUGACUGUUCUACCUUCAUCUAUAAUCCAGUGCAAGUUGACUGGAUUGAUGUUCCCUAGGGGGCAUCUCAAGGCAUCCUGGGUAAUGUAGGAAACUGCUAACUAAAGCAGAAGCAGGUUGAAAAGAAGUCAAAAGACGAUUUUUCAUGUCAAAAAUAACUCUUGAUGUGUUGUGAGCUUUACAAUCUGAAGUUAUGAAACAGGGAGAGCAGCUGCCUGAUAAAAACCCUGCAGACUUUUUAACAGUCCCUGCGAGCUCUUUGUGUAUUCACUGAGUGUCAGGAUGCCGUCUUAUCAGGGCAGUCAGGCGGCACAACUCGAGCUCUGCAGCCUCACCGGGGGAAUGAAAAUGCCACAACACGUUGCCUCAGAUCCAGGAGUGGGUCAACAUCUCCAGCAUGAGGCUGCUUGCAUCCUCCCUCGCCCUGUCUCCCCGACUCCUCCUCACCCCCUCCUCUCUUGUCUGUCUGAGUCUGCUGAGGGUAAGGCAGCUUAUUCUCCAGCUGUUGCAUCUUCUAUGAUCUGAUCAACAUCCAGUAACAGCACGAGCUACAAGCUGUGCCUCUUGUUGUGCUGUUGUUGUUUUUACAUGUGGCAUUCGUUGCAUUUAUGUGUUGCAUUUACAUUUUGGUCAUAUUUUCCUCCUUGACAAGUAUAAAUAUAAAAAUAAUCACUGUUAUAUGCAUCAGUGAGUGUACCUUUGCCCCUACAAAGGUAACUGAUAGCAUGAGUUCCUGAUUGUUUACCAUUCCUAGUUGCUUGCAGCAUCAGCAGCAGGGUGAGUCCAUGUCUGAGUUUGCUAUGAAGCAUUUAUGGCUGAGCAGCGAUGAUGGGACAGACAUGUGCUAAUGAGUGUACAGUCUCUCACAGUGAGCAGAGACCUGCAGGCAGCUGAGGCCAGAUGUUGGCACAGAGGAUCAGAGCUUGUUGUUGGAGCUGACAGGUGCAGGGAGGCAGAUAGUGCAAACCUGAAGAGACUCUGGACUCUUCUUGAAAACUGUUGCUCUGCUCAGGUGUGUUAGUGUGUUAUCUGAAAUCCUUUCUUUUGUAAUUUAGCAUACAAAUGAAUUAGUUUCAUAGCACAAUAAGCUUCAAAGCCCUGCACUCUGAAGUUCACCGCUGUGUUAUUGUGCUUCAUUAUCUUUCGUGGCUGAAUCACUGAUGGGUUGAUGAUCGCAGGAUCUCUCUUUGGAAACUCGUCGAGAGGUAUCGACUCUCCCCUGUUGUGUGAUUACACCAAACUGCGAUUGGAGGUGUCACACAAGGGUAGGCAGAGAGCAUCAUGGGUUAUUCCUGCACGUGUCAGUACCAGGCAUUGAUCAGCAUCAUUGAAUAUCUCAUGAACAAAAUCAGGAUCAGUAUUUGAGUCUCCUUUUAAGUAUGACAUCUAAAGUAAGAGUUUUUUAGACUGAUGCUCUGUGAAGAAGAAAAGCAGGGUGGCGCUAAAACAGAUGGGAAGGGGGAAGUAUGUCCCAUCCUCCACCCUGCAAAGCUUUAAGUAGUCCAAAAUUAAUCUCUGAGACUGUGUCUGAACUGGAAGCGGAUCGAUGCACCACUAUCUGAAAACAGUUUUUGUGCAGCAAAUGAAGUUUUUAGGAACCUGUAAUUUUCUGCAAAUGACACGGACACAUCAUGCUUUUGUGAUAUUCAUCCGUUUUGUGAAUAAAACUAGAGUUCAAGUCAAAAGGAAGCUGAUUCUCAUGCUGGACUGAGCUCUGACCCUGUCUUUAGUUUCUCCUUCAAGGGAACAAACAUCAUUGAUAUUCCUGAGCUGCUCCUGCAGGGUGGCAGCUGACGGGGAAAACAGAGAGCUGGUCUGGAGCUGUCCGGUCAUACUGAGCUGCAGAAUUAAACAGGGUAAAGAAAAGAGGCCCUUGUUUGAGAAGUUUAGCUGUUAUGUAAAUAUGUUUUUGCUUUCUGUAAGUCCGUAGACAUGCUGCUGCACGUCUCCUGUCACCUGAGAGGAACCUGCAGGAUUCCAGUGCAGACUGAAGGACCUGAAGGAUCGUAAAAGGCCUGCUGUUAAUCCACAGCUCGCCUGACCUCCUCUCAGGCCGCUCAACAUUCAAUCGAAUCUCAUUAUCUCUCUAUCAGCGAUGCACAGACCAAACAGAGAUGAGGAUUAUCAAUGCUGCUCUGAUGACAAAGAGACCGAUGUCAAGUGAUCAAAGUGAAGACGAUUAAACUCUUAGAGCUCUCUAUUCAUUUUCCUGCAGGCUGAACAAAGAUACCAGGAAAAAAGGAGAGAUGGAAAUGAAAAUGUGAGCGUUUUUUGUUAUCUCAUUUCUGAACUUUAAGUAGUUUUUAGAACUGACAUGUCUUGGUUUCUGUUUGGGAUUUAUUUUGCAGAAAAGAGGAGAAAUGAAACCCCUCCAUAUUUGAUAAUCCCGUGAUUUUACGUUUAAAGUUCACGAGUAAAAGGAGGAAAACAGCGUGUGAUUGUCCUCUGUAAGACUGGAAGGAGAUAUAUUUUCUCUCUCUGCAUUAUUUACUGAAUUAAAAAAAAUACCAUUAAAAUGUUGUUGUUUUUUAAAUUGACAUAAAUACAGCUAAGAAUUGACAGCUGUGUCUUUUAAAAUGAAUAACUUUUCUUAUUUUGACCACAUUUGGUUCAGCUCUUGCAGGAUGAGGAAAAAAUGUCAUGUUCAUUGAAGUUGUUCAAUAUUUUGCCAUUUUUAACAAGUUUGUUUUAACAAAAAUUUAAAAUAGUGCUUAUUAGCUGAUACAUUUGACAGUUUCUGUCAUGUGUCCGCUGUUUUUUUUUGCUUUACACAUGAACUGUGUUUGCAAAGCAAGAUCCAUGUACAAAGCAGAUUUUCCACCACUGAAUGAUCAAAGACUGUUAGCUAAAGCUUCAUCUGACUUUAUCAAAGCGGUAAAAGAGCAUGGCCUCUUUACAACAAGUAAAAUGUUCAUGCUGAGUAAGAGAAACAUUGUUGACAUUUAAUCAUUUCCUAAUUUAUUGCAGUGAAUGAAGAUAUAGCAAUCAGGAUAACAGCUAUAAAAAAAAAGAGUCUGACACAGAUAGAGACUUCCUCUUCCUCUUCUCUCUUUGAUAUUAUUUUCUCAGCAGAUUCCCUACAUUUUGUCAAAUCAGAGGAAAUGGCAUCUGCUAAAUGUGGUUUUAUAACUGGAGCAACCCAUUCACUCUCAGCCUUAUGUAACCUGCACAGCGAGCGUCUGAGGAGGUGUAAAAACGCCUCGGCCUCUUAGCACCGGCGGUCGUGCCACGACUCUUACCGGAGCGGUGCGGGCGUCUGUGGGUGAGAGCUGCCGAUUUCUGUAAAUAAUGUUCAUAAGCACAAAUCACAGAGUGUUCUUGUUUUAAAAUAACUGAAGUGAGUCACCCUCUUUCAUUUAAAGACUAGAGCCUUGAUUUUACUUCAAGUUGUUAAAUAACCUAGAUUUGCAAUGGGACAGCAGCUAUCACAAAGGACUAAUGUAAAUUUCCUCUACAGUCCUCAGUACUUAAGAAUUUUCAUCACUAAAUGCAACGUCAAACAUAACACAUGAUACUUCCAAAUCAAAAUGCUAAACAGAUACAAUUGAUCAGCAGACCUUCUCUGAAAAUCUUAAUUUACCAAGAAUAAUCCAAGCUAAGUCAACUUUUUCAUGCUUUAUGAACCUUUGCCUAGAAGGGUCUUGACUCUAGUUACUCCAAGAACAUAUGCCAGCAGUUCACCUCCUUAAAACCCCUCCUGUGAAAUAUUUACUCUAAUCAAACAUUUCCAUCCAAACUCAAGCCAUACAUGAGAGUUGGUGCAUUUCUACAGGAGUUAGCACACAUAUAACCUCAACCUAAACACCAUCUGAUAUUAACAUGUUCCCCUUUUUUCCCAUUUUUUUCCAAUAUAAUCCAAAGUUAGGUGUCUUUAAGUCCUUUAUGAUGUGUAGAGAUGACACCCUUAUUUGACUCAUUUUGGUAGGCACUCGUAAAGAAUCUCAAUAAUCUGUUUGUGUCUGUGUAAAGAAGACCCAGCAUCUAUUUUGUUUAUCAGCUUGGUAUUUGUUUUUGUGUUUUUCUGAUGAUGUCCUUUGUUUAAUGUUGCAGAUCUGUAGAAAUGAACUGUAUAUCAGCUGUUUGAGGGCUCUGGUGGUCGGUUUUGUUAAAGGUCCGAACCCCAAGUUUCAGGCGGUUGAUUAUCAGAUUAUUUUGAUGUUUGAAGUUAUUAAUAGGAUCAUUAUUAUUUGCUCGUUUUGUCCAGGAACAGUCAGCGGCCCAGUUGACUUUUAUCAAUGAUAAGGAGGUGCAGCAAACCCUGUGAUUGUGACAUGUUUGGUGUUUUAUUUCCUAUCUUUCUUCUGGCCUUUCCAUCAUUCCCUGGAAAGCAGAAUCCCCCUGUCAUGUUUGGAGCAUUGUCUUGGAGCUGUUGUGUUAUAUCAUGUCUCGACCUGUCUGAUCUGCCUCUUGUCAAAGUCUGACUCAAACACGUGAUCACACACACAGACAGAUGCAAACAUCCUUCCCCCCACCAACUACAUGCUUUCCCUUGCACUGUCACGUUUCCACUGCAACCCAAGCUGGUAUUGAUUGACAUGUGCAGGGGAAUAGUGUUUGGCAUACCAGGUUAUCGGCAGGGCCAUUGACGACAACAGCCGCUCUGUCCCGGAAGCUGACAUGUAGUCUGUGACACACUAGGCCUUCCGCUGCGAGCGGUGGGAUGCUGGCAGCUCGCUCUGGGCUCGUCAUGAACAGGCCUGUUUCUGGCAGCUCUCCCACCAGCCUGUUACCUUGGAUAGCUCAUGAACAACACAGAGAGACAGAGAGAGGUCUGUCUCCAUCAUGUGCUCCGGCUCAUUUUCUCAUUAAGCGACUGGAAUUCAGACACGGUUUUUGAGGGAGGAGAGGUUUGGAUGAGGGCAUGUUGCAGCCUCGGUCAGCCCGGCACAUUUCUCAGGUCAGUGAUGGAGAGAUUGAAGAGAUUCACUUGCAAUCUUUUGGUUUUAAGGCCAGCUAUUUUUUUAUUAGAGGAUCUUCUUUAGUGUGACACUCUGAUAACGAUCUUGUUAAGUGAUCCAAGAAAGGUCGUUGUUUGUUGUUGUGAACAGUAAUGACAGUUCUGUCAACGCUGUUUUCAAUCGUACUUGUAAAUACACAUUAUGUAAUUAUUCACACCUCCAGGGGCUUUUAAAUCAAAGCUGUGUCUGAAGACAUCCUGAGGUAGUCUAGGAGGACCCUGAACGACAGGCAGCCAAGUGAAAAUCAUCUGACCCAUCCUUCUGUGUUUGUGGCUGUGAACCUAUUUUCUCCUUUUCACUGUGCAGAAUUAGUUGGUCUUAUUUUAGCACAGCAAUUCUUGCCAACACAGUGAGGUUUAUAUUUAUUAAUCCUUGUUUUGAAUCAAGGGAAUUGUGGCCACUUCCAAAAGGUCUGGGAAGGAGCUGAAGUGCAGUGAGUAAAGCAUCAUGAGGCAGUUAUGUAACACAACAUUGUGGGAAAGCCACUGGCGUUUGUUUUCCCUUUUUUUCCUUUUUUUUUCUUCUGCUUUACGACUCUCUUUUCAUCUAGUCGUUUCUCUCCCACCUUGUCUGUUUAUAUCCAGAGUGUUUUGCCCGCAUGUUUCUAAACCUGCUUGAGAUGAAUGAGGAGUAUCAGGAGGAUGUCUGCCAAGCUCAUCUACAGAAACAAUGCCUGCUUCUGUUUAUGGUGGUUACAAGUGAGAGAAAAGUUAGAGGUGGGAAUGUUUUAAUUUAUCAGGAUCUUUAGGGAGAAACCUGAUUAUUAUAAAAUGUAAUUCCUGUCAGAGGCCCUUUAUUUAAUCUGAUACUUUUAAGUCAGCUUUUCUCAACUUUCACCAUUUCUUCUUCCUGUUGUGAAAUCUGGUCUUCACCUGAAAAACAAAUCCAAUCUUUUUCACAUUUGUCAUCCGUAACUGUCAGUUUUAAGGGAAUUACACGCAGAGAUCAAGAUCCGUGUACCGUCAUGCACUAGAUCUAGAUUGUUUUGGCACAGUUGGAUCCUCAUUCAACAGCAGGCCCACCACGAUCAGUCAUUGUCAGAUGUCACUUACCUCCUCGUUGGAUGGUAGUAUGCAUCAUCACGGCCUCGGCGUCAGUCACGACUGUGACACAUAAUAAUCACGCUGUUAGUUGUUUUUAUGUUGGUGAAGGAAUCUGUUGUGUGAUACAGCCAAGGAUGAAGCACUUGAUCUAUUAUACAGAUGGUCUGGUGUGAAGUUUUUCAACUCUGCAGAUUUGUUGUUCUCAGUAAGAACAACAACUCUGACUCCUGAACUGAACUUUCUUUGCUUUCUGGUCAUUUUGCAGUCAUGCUUUACAUUAAUUUAAAUAAAUCUUUCAGUCCAAAUUCUAACCACAAAUAAGGACAAGUUUUUUAGCACACAUUGAGUGGUAAAUCAACAAAGCCUCAGAGACCAGGCUAUUUGAUUUUCUGCCUCUUGUUUAGAGGAAUCUGUCAAGGUCAUUCAGGGAGCUUAACACGACACCAGACAUCCUACCCUCGUCUGACUGGAUCAACAUGGUGAGCUGUCAAUCAAUGCUUGCACAUGUACACACAUGAACUUGCCAACACACUAAGACAGAAUGAAAAAAGGAGAUCAAUAAACUUCAUAAUUUGGAAAUCAAAACAACUUUGAGCUUAAAUUCAUUUGACUCUCCAUGCAACAUCACAUAUCAGCAUGUUCAAGCAGAAUAAAUACAAAUAAAAGCCCCUUAUGGUGGUUUUAUGAACUGUAGAAACCAAUAAAGGAAAAAGAAAGUACAAUUUGGAAAAAAAAAAAAGAAACUAAUACAUCAUAAACAGCCUGUAGCAUCUGUUAGCUGGCCGAUUAGCCACUUUGGUCAAGGCUGACAUUUCUAGAAAACUUCUCUGAAGUGAUGUUUCUUUUUAGCAUACAUCAGCACUGAGCUGCAGGACAGUGAUGUAACUCAUUUGGACUCGGCCUGUGUGGGCAUGAGAGCAUUAGAAGAGGGCGUAUUUACUCUGUGAUAUAUGCUGUGGGCGCGUCUCCCUUUCAGGUCUUUGAGUUCUCGGUCUUUGGUAGACUGAGAGAAGGUCAAGAUAAUUUUGUUGAAACAUAAAUCAUUAAUGAGUUUUGAAUUAUGAACCGUCAUUGUUCAAACUUCCUAUAACACCUAAAAACAUCAGCCUUGUUUACAUGCAGUCCUGGUCUGUACGCAGACAAGGAUUUUCUUGUCUUGUUUUGACAUCCCUACAUGUUUGUUGAGGUAUUUUGUGCUGCCUUUGAAACAGGUUGGUUCCAGUUAAAGAUUUUAGUAUAAUGUGGUGCAGACAUAAUUAAAAUAACACGGUUUACUUCAUUCGUGCAGAGAUGUAAGUGUUAAACAAAAGGAGCUGAGCUGUGUUGUGGACUUGAACAUGUAGGUCAGACCUGAUGCAGCAUGUGGUUCUCAUCCUCGGUGGUUAUUAAUAGACACGACUUCUUUAUUCAUGAAAAGACUUGGUCGUGUUUUCAUCCGCUGCCACCGCCGCCGCAGAGCUCAGACUGAUGAUGUCAUGGUUGGAGAGGACUGCUCAUUUGUGUCAGUGUGUCCCGAUCUGACUGACUGAUCCACAAACAUUUAGAACAAUGAUGAACUUUGACCUCAAACAAGAGAAUGAUGACUGUGUUCGGAGGAGUUAUAGUUAUAGAGAGGUUUUUGUUGUUUUUGCUGCUUCAUUGUUUAUUUCAAACUUUAUUUUAACUAAAUUUAGCUCUUCAUUUCAAACUGACAGACAAGAGGACAUUUUAGAGGAGAUAGCAGCAAUUCAAAUGUUUAGAUCUCGCUACUUUACUUAGUUUUUGAUUUCACGUACAAAAAUUUAUUUAUUUAGUGACUUUGGUUAUAACAGAGAGAUGGCAGAAGGUGAAAAUAAGAGAGAGGCAGUUUUCAUCUGCAAAUUUAACCCUGUAUCUUUGCAUCCCAAAAUCCCUGUGUUGGCCCUCUGCUGUAUUUCUUGGUGUAUAUGUGCCAACUGAGUGUAAAAGGGUGCAUGUACAACAACAAACUGAUGUAGGUCUAUUAUUGCAAUUAAAAUGUGAUCAAUUAAUUAUGAUUAAUUAUGAUUUCUUUAGGAGCAGGAGCUGCUAUGUCACACACUCACACUCAGACAUCCUGUUGUCUCUGAACACAUUCAGAGGAAACAGACAAGCCCACUGAUUGGCUCUCAUGCUGUUGCUACGGGAGUUUAAGCAGCUCCUCCAUUGGUCAGACUUUGGACUGGAGCCAACUGCCGGCUGUCUGUCAGCAUCCUUUUGUAGUCAUGGCAACAGACAGGAAGCAGGUCGGGAGGAGGGGAACUGUGUUGUUGUUUUUUUGAGUGCAGCUGAUGAGGACAGCGGCAGAAGAAGUUCCUCAGUCCUUUAUUUUCUCUUUGUGUGUUUUAAUUUUUUUUAGAGGGCGAUCUGUCUGCAAACAUAAGCAGUGCUGCACAAAAACGGCUUUUACACACAAACAGACACAGGUUUACUCGGUCAUGACCCAUUAAUCCUCCACCAAGAGAUGAUUAUUAAUACGACAUGCUUAGAUGGAAAUGGGGAUAAAAAUGUGAGUGUGUAUCUAGAAGUGUUUGAGGACUGUGAGUGUGCAUGAGUGCUUUUGCAUGUGUGUGAAUGUGAAGACAUUUUUGGGCAUGAUUGAAGUUUUUAUCAGCCUCUUCCUACUGACGGUUUUUAAUAUUAUGGUUCUAUUCAAAUGGAGAUGCUUCUCUGCCAAACCCAUGUAUUCUGUGCAGUUGACUUAAAUGUGGGGUAGGCAGGAAUCCGUUAAAAAAGUAUUCUUUUUGUGGUGUAUAUGCCAAAAAGCUUUUAAUAUCAGUAAAUAGCUAUUAGUUAUUGAUAAAAUGUGGGAAUAUCACGAUAUCGCUGUGCUCUCUUGUGCCUGUGUAGUCAACAUUUUAAAAUUGUUGGGUGGUCCGCUCAUUCUGAUUGUAAACAGAGUCGUUCUCCACCUCCCCGACCUGAUUGGUUGUGAGGCACGCUCUACAUCCUCGAACAACGUGCACAAGCCCAAACAAAGUUAGCGUGCUACAAUAUCGGACAGUAGAAACCAACCAGAAAGUACAGAAAAUUGUCUGAAUCCUCCUUUGGCCACAACUGCCAACACAAGAAAAAGAAGUAAAUACCAGAGACUCUGGCAGAAUAACGGGCGCUUAAAACGGAGGUAGACCACCCGGACAGAGCUAAAAAGCUGGGUUGACGUCAAUGAAGCAUAAAGGAUGGGGACUUUUUACUUUCACGUUGACUGGGCCCCAUUUGUAAUUAUCUGAAGUAUUUACCUGCAUUAUAUCUGAAUUUAAUUGGAAUGGUACGAGCGAGCACGAGCGUCUGUUUUUAGGGCGGGGCUUGCUGGAAAACUGGUUGGGAGGGGUAGUGUUUACAUUCAAGAUUUCUCCAAAAAUGCUCCAUUAACACAGUCUUACUUUUGGGUAAAGUCAAAUUUCCUCAUUUCAGUUUCUACUGUCUUAUAGCUCAGGGAAGUUAAUUCUUCAAAAAGAAAAGAGUUACACCACUGCAAAAUGUCUGUGUAUUACUGUGUUUAAAGUGCUGUUCUCAUAUGUAGUUUUAAAUCGACUGAUGCAGGUUAUUUUAAGCACUUGUUUAACCUGUCUGUCAGAUGGAUGUUCACUGAUGAGGAGACUUCUGGAAAUCACUGAUCUGGACUGUUGUUUGCUGAGAAGAACUUACACUUCAUACCUCCCCUGUAGUUUUAUUUGUCUGUAUGACACUUUGGUUUAUGCAGUCACAACAAGAUAGAACCUGUUUCUAAAUGUCAGUGUUGAUGAUUUGCAUGUUUGUGGGAGAACCACUCCAUUGUUUCCCUGUAUUUUCUGACUUUGUGCUCCAACUGAGCGUGCCUUAAUCUCUAACGUAAAGACACAAACACUAGAUUAAUAGUGAUUGCUAAACUCUUAAAUAGAAAGCAUUUUUUCAUCAAAAACUGCCUGAACUUUUUAGAAAAAAUCUUUGAAAGCUUUUGGAGAUUAUUUUGCUGAAAAAAAGGGGUCAAAGGUCACAUUUAAAGCAGAAGCAGCUAGACACAGUAAGGAUUUAGCACGUAACCACUUUGUCUGCCGCCCUUGUAAAUUGUCAAACAUGCAAGACCUGUUUCAUCCCCCAUACAUGACACAAACAGAUUAUUAGCCGCGCACAUGAGUCAGCGCUCAGGGAGAAAAGCAGCUAAAAACAAAGGGAUGAAAGUGAGUGAUGAAAGUGAGAAAAAGUAGGGCAAAGGAGGCACUGGAAGAAGAGGAAGUAGGAUAUGUGAAAGAAGGAAACAAAAGAGGAGAGUGGUAAAAAGAGGACAAGAGAAAGUGAGGGGUGAAGGAGCUCAUGAAUAUCAGAACAAAGUUCCCUAGACGAGAGUUGCAUAAGCAACUUUGACCCAGAAACCCUACAGAGUCAGACUGAACUGAAGUCACCCCGAGAUGGAGAGAACGAAAACAGCCAGAGGGAGGAGGUGAAGGAGGAAAAGGUGAAAGUCAAAUUAUCAUCCUCCCCUUUUUGUGCCUUUUAGCAUAACAUUGAAAUAUAAAUAUAACAAUGUAUUUUACUUUAGUGCAGUUUCUUUAUCUUUGAGGGUUAGGGUGUUUGACCAGGUUUAUAGACUGAACAGUAUCCGCUGUAUUGUAUAGUAUUUGUUUGUCUGCAUACAUUAGCAUAUUUUGAGUAUAAAUUGUUUCUGGUUCUGAGUAUAUGUGGGUGUUCUUGCAAGAAGCAGUACUCCUACACUGCUAAAUAUACAAAACUAUGUGGUUGACUACAAAGUAAAUCCCCUUGUUUUUGUAUGGCGGUUCUGCUGAAGGAGAGGACCGAAGAAAAUUGAAGAUUUGAGAGAGAACAGGGAGGAAACUAAGAGAUUUGAAGAAUGACGGCAGGAGGAAAUGAGGUGAAAUAAGGUGAGGUUUAGCAGACAUGCCAGGAAACACUGACAGAUGUAGGUGCAGCAGACAUAAAAAAAAAGACUGCUCACAAACAAGAGUAGACACAAAGACGGAGAAAAUCCAGACAAAUUUAUUUACCAAGUGCUGUGAACAAAAGACAUUACAGGAAUACAGAUGAGGCUGCAGAAGUGUGAACAAAAGAAAAGAGAGGGCCUAUGUGAGCGCAGAGGGAACUUUAAAAAGAGAUAGAAAAAGAUUGUAGAUGAAAAAAAUAAAGACAUUUUAGGAUGCAGGAUUGAAGUGGCUGCUCAUUAAGACAAAAUGCGAUGAGGAAGCUUAAAGAUAAAGGAUAAUGAAUGAAGAGAGAAAUUACUGACAUUGUGUAAAAACCGCAGAUGAAUGGAAGGGAAAACUUAAGUAUGAAAUCUAUAAGUAAUUUUAAUUCAGUAAUCUUGAUCUUAUUAUUUGUCUUAGAUUAGAUGAAUUGUGUAGGUAGGGUCAUGGCUGAAGGUCAGAAUGAUUGAUGAUCAAGAGAAAAAAAGAGCCAUUAAAGAAAUGUGUUUGCCUUGUGCUCUGAAAGACAUUCAUUCUUGUUCCCCUUAAAUGCCUCCUGAUCAAAAAGAGAGAGAGAAAAUCCUGUCUGUGAUUGAGCUCGCCUCCCUGGCUCAAACACCCGCUGAUAUCUCGGCUAUUAUUAUCUCCAGUUUUUGCCAUUGGGGAUGCCAAACUAUGUGUGGACUAAAAACAAAAUCAUGUUACACCACCAGUGCAUGAAAGCCUCUUUCUUCACAGUGUAACAGGUUUGGAUUCCUGGCAGGCUUUUUACUCAUUUAGACUGUAGUGGCGCUCUCUAAUGUUGAAGCAGGAUCCAAUCUGAAGCACCAGACCAGUUAGUUUUUCAGUUUUACGAAAAGGAAGAUUUUUGCACUAAGCUGAGACUGUUUAACAGAGAGGACUGAGCUUUACUUCAGCGCUAGUAUAUGAUGAACUUUCUCUUGGUGGUGCGUUCAUGGACAUUCUGCAGCAACAUCGUGUGAUAAGAAAGUCAAGUUUUUUGAACUGGUGUGUUACAAGUCUGAAACUGGUAAUAAGUAGGAAUGCACCGAUCUGAUAUUUGGAUCGGAUAUCGGCUCUGAUAUUGACAGAUUAACUGGAUCGGAUAUCAGAUGAAUGACUCCAAUCCAGCGUUCUAAUCCAGUCUUUUUUUUUUCUUUUAAUUAAUAUCAAACACAACAACACAGCGAUUCUGUUCCCUCUGUAUUCAAUGUCUGUCUAUCCUUUUGCACUAAAUGUUUACAUGGAAUUCUUACUUCUUUUUGUUGUGUGCUAAUGUGCAAUUUGUUAAUAAAUAAUAUUAAGUAAAUGUAUAUCAGUUAAUUUGUUACCUUUUUUUACAAGGCCAAUGUCAAGCCUGGUGCCUUCACGUACAGGGCGAUAUAUACAUUCAUUCAUUCAACAGUAGUAUCAGAUUGGUAUCGGAUAUCAGCUUAGCCCAGAUAUUGGUAUCGGAUUGGAUCGGAAAAAAAUGGAUCGGUGCAUCUCUAGUAAUAAGAGGGUUGUUGAAUGCACCAUACAAAUUAAACAUCUUGAAAUAGUCGUUUGAGCUAAAUAUAUUUUUGUCACAAAGCAGUAGAGGUCUCACUUCACUGUUCCGUUCAACUGCCAAGAGUGACAGAAAUCUUCUUCUUCUUCUGUCCUUCACCCUCUACAGGUGGUGCCCCAUAGCCUUUCCUGUCCUUCACCUCCCACCUGAUCUCCUCUCCUCCUCCGUCUCUCCUCUCCACCUCCUUUCUCCCUUCUUUUCUUACUUCCUGGUCACCAUGACGACUACCCUGGAUACAAUGCUGGCCCAUCCCGAUCAGGAGCUGAGUCCUGAGCGACUGGAUGGCUGUGGGGACCCUGGCGGACGCUACAAAGUGGUUCCCUCUGUGGUCUGCUCCAUGUGCUGCCUCUUUGGCAUCAUUUACUGCUUUUUUGGUGAGUCCUAAACUUUUUAAGACAUCUGUUCAUUUUCAAAAGUGUGAAUAGGUAGCAGAGCUGUUUAAUAAUCCCGUGUCUUUCUCCUCCUUCAGGCUAUCGCUGCUUUAAAGCAGUGAUGUUCCUGACGGGCCUGAUGUUCGGCUCUGUCGUCAUCUUCAUGCUCUGCUACAAGGAGCGCGUUCUGGACACCCAGCUGAGCGUGGAGGCCUCAGUGGGCAUCGGCCUUGGCAUCGGCACGCUCUGUGGCCUGGUCACUAUGCUGGUUCGCAGCGUGGGCCUCUUUAUGGUGGGCCUGCUGCUGGGCCUGCUGGUGGCCGUGGCCACCCUGGUAGGCAUGGAGGAGCUUUCCGACAGCCCGCCGCGCUCCGUCUGGGUGCCUCUGGGCGUGCUGCUUGGCCUGGGCAUGCUGUUUGCCGUGCUCACCUUGCAGUGGCAGCGCCUCUUUACCACGCUGUCCACAGCUGUGUUUGGUGCGGCAGUCAUCACUGUGGCUGUGGACUACUUUGUGGAGCUCUUCGCCCUUGUGCUUUACAUGUACGAGCGAAUGAAAGCAGCGCCUGGCAAGCCUGUGUGCUGGUUGACGUGGGUGGUGCUGGGGGUGUGGCCUGCCCUUACUCUGCUGGGUGUCAUAGUCCAGUGGAAGGUGACAGCUGAGGGAUAUUCCCACACUAAAGGUGAGAACCACUGUGCAUGUUUACUGAAAUCUCAAUUAUAAGUAUAAGUAUACCCUGUUUUAUAUAUUAAGUAGCACAUGUUUGAAAUAGGGGAGUUAAUAAGUAAAACAUUAUGCUUCUAUCUAGUGUUUGAGUUAUUGAAAAUUGUGUCUGUAAAGCUGCACAAAUUUAAAAGAAAAAACAUGUCCAUGAGAACCUCACAUUUUACAAAGUGAUCCUCCUCUCCUAAAACCCACCUUUUCACAGUUUCUUAGUCACUGUCAUCACAAAGCAGGUGUCAUUCAUUAAAUAUUGUUUCCUCUUUGUGAUGCAGACUGAUGAUUAUGAUUAAAAAGUUACCGUGCACUUGUCUUCAACCUGUUCCCUGUAGUCAUCAUCAGCCGGCAGCAGAGGAGAAUGCAGGUGAUGCGGAUUCGCCAACGGGAUGACCGCUAUCGGAAAAAGAAGAAGAAGCAGCAGCACGGCUCUUCUUCGACCCAUCACCACCAGGCCAAACAACUUCACGCUGAGCCGGCCUAUCGACGCAAACCCAACCCGAUCCGCCGCUACGACACAGACGUCCUCUCACCAGUGAAGAACUUUGACCUUGCUUUUAGAGUCUCUGAUCCAUUGUUGAAAAUUAUGCUGAGUUUUCUAUCACUUAUAAUCUUAAAACAUUUCUCUCUUCACUCUAUCCAGAGCUACAUCCAGAGUUUCAGGGACCGGCAGGUGCAGGGGCAGCCCUUUCCCAGCCGGCUAGUCGGUGGACCCCACGCUGUGGUGGAUGUUGGCUAUGACUGUGGUUCUACUGCACCCCUCACUGGAGCUGCAGGACCUUCUCUACGGGUCUGACAACUUCUUCACCUCCCAGAGGCCUGAACAAACCGUCUAAACAGGGAGACACAUGACUACAAUCACAACUCCACGUGGGUAAAAUCACACCUAACAAACCACCACUGGUUUUAUUGCAAAAAUGACGAGGACUUAGCUACACAGAGGAAGGAAAUUUAUUUAUCACUGGACUUACCUAAAAGGUGAGAUCUGGUCAACUCUUUAUUAGCUAUAUGUCAGUACAGAGAGCUCCACUCUCUUUAUGGAGGCCUCAGUGUGCUGCAGAGGGUUGGUCGACCUCCUAGCACUGACUUCCAGAAGUCCCAAAUGCACAAAUGCAUGCAUGCACUCGGACAAGCAGGAACAGCAGCUGCAUUCUUGAGCAUUAACCAAGAACACCAAAGCAGCCUGCUGUUCGUGUCACUGUCCAAGCGGAUCAGGUAUCACAGUUUCAGUGCAAACCUGCCUCAGGUUCGAACGCAGGCACAGUCAGAAAAAUCAAAAUACGACUUGCCCAUGUUCUAUGUCUGAAAUAUCCAACAAAUAUCCAUAAAUGGAAGCAAGGGCCCUUUUAAGAAAAACAGGAUUUCUUUAUUUGCUGUGUGCCAUCUGGACGACUUCAGUUCUCCUCUAAAUGGAGAGAGACGUCUUCACUGUUUUUAAAGCUGGGAAACCCCUCUGUCACCCUUGGUGCUGGACGAUUCACCUCUUUAAACUGCUCUCCGUUGGCCGGGGGAUCUGUUUUUAACGGGUGCCUUGCCCCUCCAUGGACUACGUCGUUCAACAAAAGGAGGGGGGUUACUGGCAGAUCUCCCAUCGGUGGCUUGUUUUUGCAUUAAACAUGAUCGCAGAAGGAUUUUAAGGGGGUUGCCAUGGAGCUACAAUAAGCAGGGUAAAAAAAAUCGAGUUACACUGGCUUGUAUCCACAGAUGUCAGGAUACAUGAGUCAAAUUUUAGGUAAAGCUGACGACAAGAAAGCCAUAUUUACACUGGCACUCAGCUGAGAUUUCACACACAAAAAAUGCAAGAAGAUCUUGAAUGGAAGUUUCAUAUUUUUCAACUUGAAUUUCAUCCUUUGAAGUGCAAAAUGUUCACCCUUGACACGUUUAUUUACAUAGCUGAAGAGUCUCAUUUCACCAACACAGCUGUAAGACCCACUAACAUUCUCUGAUGGCACCCUUUGCUGUGCAACUGAAAAAGUAUUCAUGCUAAAAUCUAAAAAUUUAAAGUAAAAGAAAACCAGUCAAAGCUAAAAACUGUCACAGGAAUGGUCGUUUUUGUGUGGAUCUAAAAUCUCACAACUGCAUGGGAAAAAAAAAUAGAAGUUGAUUGCUGGAAAUCACCUUUAAUAAACCAAACCAGGCUGAGAUGCUGAUGUAAAUAAGGCUCAGAGAUUCUGACCGAUAAAGUGGACAAACGGCCAUGUAGACUUGUACUUAAACCGACUAAUCCUUCCAACAUGUGCAUUGAUUUUCUUUAUUUAGGACAAUGUAACAUUUUUGUCACCUGUGAAAAUGUGAAUACUUUGUUACCUUUGACCUUUUUAAAGGAGAAGCAAGCAAAUUGUGGGGUUAAGGUGGGUGGGGUAUGUGAAACAUUUUUUAGAUUCAUUUUUGGGAAACAGAAAUGCAUGAAUUCGCCCCUCAUUCCUUCCCUGGUCUGCCCUGUGUGGCUCCAUUUUGGCCUCCACUGAACACCCUCCACCCCUUCAUGUGCAUCAAUGUGAAAUUUGUACAUAAAACACAGCACUUACUAACUUUUUUUUUUUUUUUUUUUUUUUUUUUUUUGUUACUUUUAUUCAUUUCUUUUUAAUUUUCUUAGAAAUCUAAUUUUAUUGAAACACGUUUUUUUUCCUGUGGGAUGUAUUUAUUCGCUGAUUUAUUUAUUUUCGAGCCGUUUCUGUAAAGGAGAGUGCAAUGUCAUCACUGUAGGCCAGUAACUCCAUGCUUUUUUAAAAACUGAAUUAUGAUUAUUAUGGUUAUUAAAGCAUGUGUUCUUAUGGGCCUGUAUACAA